CACAAUAGAAGUCUGUUGAAACUUACCGACUACGUAUAAGAGACGGACCCUUGUGCUAGCAUUGCAUCCUGGUUUUCCCGCAUGGUUUGAACGGGGGAAGGAUAUGCAGGAGUUAGAUAUCUCCAGAAACUUGAACAGAGCUUUGCUGCACGGCAGCGCGCACACAAACACUGAGCCCUCGCAUAUACAAACUUUCAACUGCUCAUCGACUGUUAUUACAACAUUAUUACUGGAUGCGCGGACACUGUGGAAAUCGGACACUGUAUCAGCUCAUUGAACUCUAUGAUAAAGCCCCGACACAGAACUUUAACGCCAAGCCACAGCACUAAAACGGCCGAGAGCGGGUUUUCCGUGGUUUCCCAGCCGUCUUGGCACUCCUCAGGACUACAGUCUCUCGCAGAGAGAAUAUCACGCUGACUUUUCUCAAGCGACACGUUGGACUGUUGUAGCAAUGGUCCAGAAAACGAGCAGCACGGAGAAUCCCGAAGCGCUGUUCGCUGGGGAGUCGUCCGAUUCCGGCGCGCUGGAGCUGGACAUGGCUUCCUCCCCGACCCCGGGGUCCACGGCAUCCGGUGGCGACAAGCUCGACCCCGGCUGGUGCAAAACCCCCAGCGGUCACAUCAAGAGACCCAUGAACGCCUUCAUGGUGUGGUCACAAAUCGAAAGGCGCAAAAUUAUGGAGCAGUCGCCGGACAUGCACAACGCGGAGAUCUCCAAGAGACUAGGCAAGCGCUGGAAGCUCCUGAAAGACAGCGACAAGAUCCCCUUCAUCCGAGAGGCGGAGCGGCUCAGACUCAAGCACAUGGCCGACUACCCCGACUACAAGUACCGGCCGAGAAAAAAGGUCAAGUCGAGCGGCUCCAAGCCUAGCGAGAAGGGAGAGAAGAUUAGCGGGAGCAGCUGCGCGAGUGCCGGCUCUAAAUCGUCGUCAAAGAAGAGCGGAAGCUCCAGAGCAACAAGCAAGCUGCACAAAAUAGUUCUGGGGAGCGCGAAGGCAACAUUUCCCGAGCUGGCACCGGCCGAUCACCACUCGCUGUACAAAUCCAAGUCUGCAUCGGCCUCCAAGCAGAUCCCUGACAAGAAGACCAAGCGGGUUUACAUUUUCAGCGGCAUAAGCGCGUCUUCAGCAGCUGUACCCGCCAGUCCGACCCUGAGCAGCUCCGUCGAGUCCAGCGACCCGCUGAGCCUGUACGAGGACGGCGCGACGAGCGGGAAAGAGGGCGCCGACUCCCCCAGCAGCUCGUCCUCUAGGUACACCAGCAUGCGGGCUUCCUCGCCCACCCCGUCCGCCUCGCACUCGUCCUCCUCAUCCCAAUUCUCCUCCUCGUCAGACGAGGAACUCGACGACGACAUGCUGGACGUAAAUCCGAGCCCGGGUUUUGACAGCAUGUCUCUGGGAAGCAUCGGCUCAUCGGUGCUGGACAGAGACUUUGACAUGCAUUUUGAAUCCGGGGCUUCUCACUUCGAGUUCCCCGACUACUGCACCCCUGAGGUGAGUGAAAUGAUUUCAGGGGACUGGUUAGAGUCGACCAUUUCCAACUUGGUGUUCACGGCUCACGUGCUGAACUAGAAAAAGUUGCGGAACUACGCGUGAGGAAGAAUAUUUGAACAAAAAGGGAUUGCAGACAAGUUUGUUUGUAAAAUAAGCCACCAUGUGAGGAGUCCCGCCUGAAGCGCCGAUAUAAACAAAAGCUGCAACGCUGACAGGAUGGAAAAGUGCCGCGAAACAUUUCGUCGCGAGACGGCUCUAGUCAUUUCCCCGCGUUUGGCACGUGCGGCAAAAGGACGAAAUUCACGAGGAGUGACUACUGAGAAAAUCUGAAAACUCGAAUCUGAACUGGAAAACUGUGAUUGAUUUGCACGUACAUGAAGGCGGGCGUAUGUCUGUUUUUAAUCUUUUUUUUUUUUUUUUUUAUACUCAAAAAGAGACGUUUAAUAACUUUAACUAUUCACCUUGUGAACUCCAUUGCUUUAGAGGUACUGAAAUAUGGGCUGUUUUUCACCCUGACGGAUUUAUUAAACAAGGUGGGUUGACAGAAUACACACAUAAAAAGAAAACGAAAAAAAGAAACGCAUGUUACUCGUCCUCUCUUGUGUUGAGAUUUCUGUAGCAUUAUUUAAAUGGAUAGAUGGCGCUAAGUUUGAUUUCCUACUCGCGGGGGAAAAAAUCACCAGCUGUUUUCAUUCUUAACUUCAGGAUUCAAACACAAAAUCAGAUCUGUGCUGAACUUUAUAUACUCUCGUCUAUUCAGGACCAAAACUCUUUAAGUUGUUCGUUUUCCGGAAGCAUUGAGACAUACUGUUGAUUUGUCAUUGUUGCCCGCCCCCCUCCUGUGUUAUUUAGAUGCCAUUUUUUCUAUGGAUGUAUUUAUAUACUGGCCAAACAUUUUGUCUUCUUAUGUUCUCGUAAGUACACUCGCAUCUGUCUGUCUCCUUCUCCGAAGAAGGGCUAGAGUUUUAACCGUUUUUUUCUUUUCUUUUUUAUAUAUUUAAAAGUAGACUUUUGACACUUAAAGAGAGGAAACGUUUGAUUAUUUUCUCAGUGUAUUUUUGUACAGAUAUAUAUAAAAGGGGGGGUGUCGAUCGGUGUUAUCGCUGUUUUUGGAUUUCCUCAUUUUUAAAGCCAGGUGGGUCUCUGAAUCGACCUCCUGUUUCAUGUUUACAGUUUCAAUCUGCAGGCGUCUUAAAGACACACAAACACACUUCAAAGCCCAGUUCAAGCCAACAUGCGCUUCGUUUCUACAUUUCCUCUGAUCGUGCCGAAUUAACCUGAUUGUAGCUUUAAAAGGAUCGCUUUUCUUGACGUUUUAUAUCUCGAGAAACCACUGGAUGGAAAAGUCGUUACACAUAUUCAAAUGGCCGAGUUGAGUUUCGCGACGGUUCUGUACUGCGUUCCUCAUUGUAUUUGAAUAUUUAAUCUUUUCUACUUGUCAGAUAAGUAUAGCUAUAGCUAAUUGUUUUAGUAUCUUCAGGCAUGGUGAAUAGAUUUGUAUUUCUUAUUCAGGUUUAUACUAGCUGUUGUGUUAAAAAAAGGAAGUGAGAAAAGAAAAAAAAAGAAGGAAAAAAUCAUCUUUGUACAGCUGUAUCAUAGGCAAAAAAGAUUGUGUGUUUAUGUAUGUUGUUGCGCUUUAUCUCGACAGGCACUAGAACAGCUAUCUGUAUACAUCCUUGCUUACCUUCUUAAUUUCAAGAUGGCUGUUAAGGAUUUUAUAUAUAUAUAUAUAUAUAUAAUAUAUGUGUGUGUGUGUGUGUGUGUGUGUGUAUACACACACACACACACACACACACACACACAUAAAUACACAGUUGAAAUAUAUUAACUUUAUUUUCAUCCAUUCUGUGCAAUAUGCUGUGUAGAAAUAUUGUUUUUGUCUAAUCAUGCCAUAACACAUUUUUGAGGGGAAGUCUCAUGCCAGCUUAUUGUGUCAAGUCACUGCCUGUCAGAUUGUUCAUAUACUCCUGUACAGAACUUUUUUCAUAAAGGAAAUAAACUCAGCUGGAACUGAACCCUAAACACUG